AUGGCCUCCCCUCUAGGGACCAGUGCCCUGAGUGUGGCUGCGGACCCGGAAUCGCGGUCGGCGCUUCAGCGCGAGGGCGCUGCGGUGUAUGCGGCUUUUGUGAUUUUCGGCUUGGGAAGCUGGUCGUCGAUCAAUGCUGUUUUCGUUGAGUCGUCGUUCCUGGUUUCUCUGCAGCCGGAGCGCUGGGCUCUGACCACCUGGAUCGUGCUGGCGCUUCAAGCCGCGAACCUCGUAGUGCUGUUUGCUGUGCGGCCCUUGCUUCGAAAGAUGCGCCUCAGCUGGACGGCUGCCUCUGCAGCGUCGCUUAUCCUGGCCAUAGGCAGCUGCUUUGGCCUGUCUCUUGGUGGCUACCGACAUGUGGCCGUGCUGUUCGGAGCCGAGCGGAGCUUGGGGCUCUUGGCCUUGACCUUCCUUGGAGGCCUCGCGAACUGUGGUAGCUCGUUGGUCUUCUAUCCGCUUGCAGCCACGUUCCCAAGGCGUUUCACCACCGCCUUGGCCGUCGGCGAAGGACUCAGCGGCUCGGUUGCCGGAGUGCUUGGAUUGGUGCAGAACCACUUUCAGAAGGCUGGCGCAUUGGCCUUCUCUCCCACCACCUACUUCGGCAUAGAGGCCGGAGUCAGCAUUGCGGCGGCUUCGGCGUUGUUGUUCAUCGACCGCCACCGUUUUGCCGAGAAGCUGCGCGAGUCUCAAGAGCAGCGCUCCAGUUUCGUGCCGGUCGUCUCCGAGGAAGCAUCCUCCGGCGUUGCAGGGGCACCGGCAGGUCAGUCGCUGAUGUCCACAUUCUGGUCCUUCCGAACACCUCUGUUGGCCUUGUUCCUCGGUGCUGCAUUCAGCUUCGGUGUGCUGCCCUCCGUGAAUCCCAUCGCAUGCCUGCAUUACUCGGAUGGGCAGCUCGUCCUCCUUUGGAGCAACGUUGUCAUCUACGGUUUCGACCCCAUCAGUCGCCUGAUGACAGCCUUCACCAACUUCAGGCGCCUUGGCGGAUUCAUCGUCGUCUUCCUCCUCGCUGCCUCCGUCGUCCUGGCCGCGGCGAAAGCGAAGCCAUCGGAGGCAACUCCUGGGCUCUUUGGCUGGCCAUGGGUUGUUCCCAUGGCGAACGUAGUGUUUGCAGCGUCGUUCGGCUACGCCCGCACCAUGGCUUUCCUGAUCCUCAAGGAUGCUUCUGGAGAUAGUGCCAGUGCUGAGUACCGCUAUUGGGCGGCUGGCUUUGCCGUACAGAGUGGAAGCUUCGCGGGGAGCGUCGUGUCCUUGCUCCUUGUGGAGGUCUUCAAAGCUCUCUGA